AUGGCGCGAGCGACGAAGCAGAGGGCGCGAGAAACGCAGCUGAGGGUGCGAGUGGCGCCCGCCUCACACCACAGAGGAGUGGCGCCCGCCUCACAUCACAGAGGAGUGGCGCCCGCCUUCACACCACAGAGGAGUGGCGCCCCCCUCACAUCACAGAGGAGUGGCGCCCGCCUCACACCACAGAGGAGUGGCGCCCGCCUCACACCACAGAGGAGUGGCGCCCGCCUCACAUCACAAAGGAGUGGCGCCCGCCUCACAUCACAGAGGAGUGGCGCCCGCCUCACACCACAGAGGAGAGGCGCCCGCCUCACAUCACAGAGGAGUGGCGCCCGCCUUCACACCACAGAGGAGUGGCGCCCCCCUCACAUCACAGAGGAGUGGCGCCCGCCUCACACCACAGAGGAGUGGCGCCCGCAUCACACCACAGAGGAGUGGCGCCCGCCUCACAUCACAGAGGAGUGGCGCCCGCCUCACACCACAGAGGAGUGGCGCCCGCCUCACAUCACGGAGGAGUGGCGCCCGCCUCACAUCACAGAGGAGUGGCGCCCGCCUCACAUCACAGAGGAGUGGCGCCCGCCUCACAUCACAGAGAAGCGGCGCCCGCCUCACACCCCAGAGGAGUGGCGCCCGCCUCACACCACAGAGGAGAGAGGAGUGGCGCCCGCCUCACACUACAGAGGAGCGGCGCCCGCCUCACAUCACAGAGGAGUGGCGCCCCAUAGGCGCCUCUUAACAGGGGAGGCUCCUCUUAGAGGAGAGGCGCCGCUUAGACAAGAGGCGCCCCUUAGAGGAGGAAGCGAGGGGAGUGGAGGAAACGAGAUCACAGAGGAGUGGCGCCCGCCUCACACCACAGAGGAGCGGCGCCCGCCUCACAUCACAGAGGAGUGGCGCCCGCCUCACACCCCAGAGGAGUGGCGCCCGCCUCACACCCCAGAGGAGUGGCGCCCGCCUCACAUCACAGAGGAGUGGCGCCCGCCUCACACCACAGAGGAGUGGCGCCCGCCUCACAUCACAGAGGAGUGGCGCCCGUCUCACACCCCAGAGGAGUGGCGCCCGCCUCACACCGCAGAGGAGUGGCGCCCGCCUCACAUCACAGAGGAGUGGCGCCCGCCUCACAUUACAGAGGAGUAG